AUGUUCCACAGAAUAUUUCGAUUGAGCAGUUCGGUCGGCAAAACCACAGUCUCGCGAUCCCUAGCCGCCAAACACCAUCGUCGUGACAUGCACUGUCGCAAAAUCGUGUACGAAGAAUAUGGCGAUCCCAUGAAAGUCGUAAGUCUCGUAGAGCAAACGCUACCCGACAAACUCGACGACGAACAGGUCUUGGUGAAAAUGAUUGUUGCUCCCGUCAAUCCUGCCGACAUUAACACUAUUCAAGGUGUGUAUCCCGUGAAACCGCCGUUGCCUGCUACUGGAGGCUAUGAAGGGAUCGGCGACGUAUUGGCAGUAGGACCGUGCGUUAAAAAUCUCUGCCCUGGCGAUCGAGUUAUACCAGACGGUGCUAUGGGUACUUGGUGUACAACUGCCGUGUUCGAUUCUAAACUUUUAAGAAAAGUAAGUAAAGAUACCAAUGUGUAUGCAUUAAGUGGUAUUUCUUCUAAUCCGUGUACCGCGUAUAGAAUGUUACAUGAUUUUGUUUCACUAAACAAAAAUGAUGUUAUUAUACAAAAUGGAGCAAACAGUGCAUGUGGUCAGAACAUUAUUCAAUUAGCAAACAUUUUUGGCUAUACAACUGUAAAUAUUAUACGCAAUCGACCUGAACCAGACUUGGAAAAUUUGAAAAAUCAUCUUAAGUGUCUAGGUGCUUCAUACAUACUUACUGAAGAAGAAUUAAGGACUACGGAUUUGUUUAGAAGUGGAGUUUUACCCAAACCACGUUUAGGAAUAAACAAUAUAGGCGGUAAAAGUUCCACAGAAGUUUUACGUACAUUGAACAACGGUGGUGUGAUGGUGACUUAUGGUGGUAUGUCGAGAGAACCAGUCAUUGUUCCAACUGCAUCUUUUAUAUUUAAAGACAUUCAACUCAGAGGUUUUUGGAUGACUAGAUGGCGUAAAGAAAAUGUUAACACUGAGCAAUACAACCGAAUGUAUGAUGAACUUUUGCAAUUUAUGAAAGAUGGCAAGUUAGUUGCACCAGCUUAUAAAACGUUACCAUUAAACUCAUUCAAAGAAGCGUUAAAAAAUACUAUAUCAUCCAAGGGCUUCAUUGGUUAUAAAUACUUUUUAGAUUUACAAUAA